AUGCAGGGGGUUUCAAUCUCGACACCUGGAUGUGAUGUAGUCGGAAUCAUAAGUCAUGAAAUCGGACACGCACUUGGAAUCUUUCACGAACAAGCACGUCCAGACCAGGAGAGGCACAUUGCUGUAAAUUACAACAAUAUUCCGAUCAGCCGAUGGAAUAAUUUUAAUUCUGUUGGAACUAGUCAGGCGGAAACAUUUGGUCUACCUUACGAUACAGGAUCUGUCAUGCAUUAUGGCCCAUUCGGAUUCGCAUCUGACCCAUACACUCCGACGAUACGAACUCUAGAACGCAUCCAGCAGAACACUAUCGGUCAGAGAAUAGGUCCUUCAUUUCUAGACUUUCAGGCGAUUAAUGCGGCCUACGGCUGCAACGAACACUGUGCUCCUUUGGAUUGCUUACAUAAUGGGUAUCCGCAUCCAAAUAAUUGCUCAGUAUGCACUUGUCCAGACGGAUUCAGCGGACGGUUUUGUGAAUCUGUCCAUCCAUCUGUUGGAGACUGCGGUGGCUUGAUUAUGGUAUCAAAUAUGCCACAAUUUAUAACUAGUCCAAACUAUCCUCUCGGAUUCAAGAGUGGUGUGGAAUGUUACUGGCUACUCCGUGCACCAUCGCAAGGUCGUGUUUUCUUGGAAUUCGUCGAUUUAUUUGAGUUUCAUUGUGAGGAUACCUGUGACAAGUCUUAUGUGGAGGUAAAGUACCACAAUGACAAACGUCUUACUGGGGCGAGGUUUGUUCUGCAAUUUCUCCAAUUUCUGAUUGCACAAUGA